AUGAAUGGCCAGGCCAGCGCGUCAUCCUACGCCAAUAGCGGAGGGCCAGAUUGCCGAGCAAUCAUCGCACCCGAGUCCAACACGUGUGAUGAAACGUCAGUAGGUCAGAGCCCAGAUGCCGUUCAACAGACCACCAACACUCAAGAAGUAAUGACUGUAAUGACUGAUUCCCUCGGGAAUCCGAAACGUCAGGAAAAUAAUACUCUUGUUCCAGUGAUCGCAUCUUCUUCUUCUGAACUGCUGCCUGGAACUCGUAUAUUCUCCACUAUUGGCAGUCCUUCUUUUGCCGCAAAGAUUGAUUUUUCAUAA